GUGACUGGGAAGCCGUCGGAGCCUGGAGGGGUGUCUCCCAGGUCUGGGGAAAUCUCCCAAGACAGGUCUUCCCUGCAGCUGCUGAAGUAGCUCCUACCCAAAGGGUUUCUCUGUGUAGCUUUGGAGCCUGUCCUGGAACUCGCUCUGUAGACCAGGCUGGCCUCGAACUCACAGAGAUCCACCUGCCUCUGCCUCCCAAGUGCUGGGAUUAAAGGCGUGCUUUAUCUGCUGAUGUGUUCAUCGUCUGAAUGCCCCAGAUGUACCUACCAGGUGCCAGUCCAGCUCCCAGGGACAGAGAAGUAAAAGAACUCAAUUAAACCGUCAUGGAGCCUAUGGUCUAGGAGGUGGGGGCAGGAGAGGCAGAGGCCAGAAUGAUCCACUGUCCCCAACUCCCGAGUCUGUCCGCACCCCUGGGCGCCUGUCUCUCUCUGUGGCUCUCUCUACUUUGCUCCCUAAACACCAAGUCCGUCCCCUCCUUCUCUGCCCAGCCUCUCCACGGCCGAGGCUCCAACACCUGAAGGGACAGAAGCGGACGGACGGACGGACGGACGGACGCGGGGAGCUCCAACAGGCGGCGGCGCGGGACCUCGGGUCCAGGGGUGGCUUCCGCAUGGCCCCGCCGUGAGAGGGAACCCCGAGGCAGGGACCCGAGUGUUUUUUGGAGCCCUAGGGCUGGCUGGGUCAGAUGGAAGCAGUGACCAUCAUGGAUGAAGAAAAGCUCCCAUGUGAACUGUGUGAGGAAGGAGGUGCUGUCGAGGACCACAGCCUGGGGCCUGAAGGGGAGCCUGGGGUCCAGAAUGGAAUGGAAGCCAGUGGAGGCCCAGGCAGCCAUACCAGCAGUCCAGGCAGUGAGAAGAGAGGCACCUUAGAGGGAACCAUGGAGCCCGUGGGAGACCCAGAUGCAGCCCUGCCUGGCCUUAGCCUCUCUCUCACCAACGGCCUGGCCUUGGGACAAGAUGGGAACAUUCUGGAAGAUUCCAUGGAAUCCAGGUCCUGGAGGGCUAGUGGACCAGCAGAGGAGGAGGAGGAGGAUGUGUCCAGAAGUCUCUGUCCAGAUGCUGAGGACCCUCAGCUGGGGCUGGAUUGCCCUGGGGAGCCAGAUGUGCGGGAUGGCUUCAGUGCCACUUUUGAGAAGAUUCUGGAGUCAGAGCUGUUGCGGGGCACCCAGUACAGCAGCCUGGACUCAUUGGAUGUGCUGAGCCUCACUGACGAGAGCGACAGCUGUGUCAGCUUCGAGGCCCCCCUUACACCUCUCAUCCAGCAGCGGGCCCGAGACAGCCCCGAGCCUGGGGCUGGGCUGGGCAUUGGGGACAUGGGGCCUGAGGGGGAUCUGGGGGCAGCUGGUGGUGGUGAUGGGGAGCUGGGCAGCCCCCUGAGGCGGUCCAUCUCUAGCAGCCGCUCGGAGAAUGUCCUGAGUCACCUGUCCCUCACCUCGGUGCCCAAUGGGUUCCAUGAAGAUGGACCUGGGGGCUCAGGAGGGGACGACGAGGAUGAUGAGGACACGGACAAGUUGCUGAACUCUGCCAGUGACACCAGCCUCAAGGACGGCCUGUCGGACUCCGACUCAGAGCUGAGCAGCUCCGAGGGGCUGGAGCCUGGUGGCACAGAUCCUCUGACCAACGGGUGCCAGGGGGUCAGCGAAGCCGCUCGCCGGCUGGCCCGUCGCCUCUACCACCUUGAGGGCUUCCAGCGCUGCGAUGUGGCCCGGCAACUGGGCAAGAACAAUGAGUUCAGCAGGCUGGUCGCUGGAGAGUACCUCAGUUUCUUCGACUUCUCAGGCCUCACAUUGGACAGAGCACUCAGAACCUUCCUGAAGGCCUUCCCACUGAUGGGGGAGACGCAGGAGCGAGAGCGAGUCCUUACCCACUUCUCCCGCCGGUAUUGCCAGUGUAACCCAGAUGACAGCACAUCAGAAGAUGGGAUCCACACACUUACCUGUGCUCUGAUGCUGCUUAACACAGACCUGCAUGGACAUAACAUUGGCAAGAAGAUGUCCUGCCAGCAAUUCAUUGCCAACUUGGACCAGCUGAAUGAUGGCCAAGACUUUGCCAAAGACCUGUUGAAGACGCUUUACAACUCCAUCAAGAACGAAAAGCUGGAAUGGGCCAUUGAUGAGAAUGAGCUGAGAAAAUCCCUGUCUGAGCUGGUGGAUGACAAGUUUGGGACAGGCACAAAGAAGGUGACUCGGAUCUUGGAUGGUGGCAAUCCAUUCCUGGAUAUCCCGCAGGCCCUCAGCGCUACCACCUACAAACAUGGCGUGCUGACUCGGAAGACUCAUGCUGACAUGGACGGCAAGAGGACACCCCGUGGGAGGCGUGGCUGGAAGAAGUUCUAUGCGGUGCUCAAAGGGACCAUCCUGUACUUGCAGAAGGAUGAGUACAGGCCCGACAAGGCUCUGUCUGAGGGUGACUUGAAGAAUGCCAUCCGUGUGCAUCAUGCUCUGGCCACCAGGGCUUCUGACUACAGUAAGAAGUCCAACGUGCUCAAGCUGAAGACGGCAGACUGGAGGGUCUUCCUCUUCCAGGCCCCGAGCAAGGAAGAAAUGCUGUCCUGGAUCCUGAGGAUCAACCUCGUGGCUGCCAUCUUCUCCGCACCCGCCUUCCCAGCAGCCGUCAGCUCCAUGAAGAAGUUCUGUCGACCCCUGCUGCCCUCCUGUACCACUCGCCUCUGCCAGGAGGAGCAGCUUCGGUCUCAUGAGAAUAAGUUGAGGCAGGUGACUGCAGAGCUGGCUGAGCACAGAUGUCAUCCAGUGGAGAGAGGCCUCAAGUCCAAGGAGGCGGAGGAAUACCGGCUGAAGGAACAUUAUCUCACGUUUGAGAAAAGCCGUUAUGAGACCUAUAUCCAUCUCCUGGCUGUGAAAAUCAAAGUGGGUUCAGAUGACCUGGAGCGGAUCGAGGCCCGGCUGGCUACUCUAGAAGGGGAUGACCCAGCUCUCCGGAAAACACACUCAAGCCCUGCCCUCAGCCUGGGCCACGGGCCUGUGACUGGCAGCAAAGCCACCAAGGAUGCCUCUACGCCUGAUACUUAGCUGGUGUGGCUGUGCAGGCCCUGGAGGCAGGCAAAUGUCCCCAGAGGGGUCAGUGAGCACAAUUCCAGCCAGAGGCUGCUUGGACCAAGCUCCAGGCAGUUAACCGGCAACCACGGGGGUACGGAGAGCCUCACGAUCAAGGAGAUACCAUUCAUGGCGCUGAUCUUCUCCCAUUCUGGGCCACCUCUGGCCUAGAAUCUCUCCUAGCCCUGGCUGCCCUCAAGUCAUGGGACCUGGCUUUGCAGGUCAGACAUGCUCCAGGGCUGCCAACUGGAGAAGUCCGUCUCUGCUGCUUCCCCCGGCCCUUUCUCAUCAAGCUUCUCCCUCAUCUUGUGUUUGUGAGGAUGGGUCUGAACUCUGGGUCUAAGCUUGGACACCUACCCUGUCUCCUCUUUCCUCUCAGUUGACCAGCAGCAGCAGGUCUAUGGACCACCAGCAACGCCUUCUCCUUUCCUUUUCCCAGCAACCUUUGCAACCGGUCCAGUUCUCCGGCCUCACAUUGCAAUAAUCUGAGGCCUAGCCUCCACUCAGUGCCAAGCUGAUUCCGCUCACGUGUAUGCUCACCUCUCCUUUUAUCCACUGAGGCCUCUCCUGCCUCUUUUUUAUAUGGACACAUAUAAAUUAUAUAUAUAUAUAUAAAGAACUCAUUGAAAGAAAGUUUGAGAACUACUACCAAUUAGAGGAUGAAAUAAGCUCAUCUCAGAGCUCGGCCUGCUAGCAAGGAAGCCUGCUAUGGGGCCCUCCGCCGCCCUGACACUCUGGAUGAAAAGAAGACGACCCUCUGUGUUUUUGCCUUUUCCUCUUCCGGCUGACUUGUGAUUCACAGUCAGUUUUCCAGUUGAUGCUUUGGGGCUAAACAGGAUAUGCGGGUCACCUCCUCUGUCCCAAGGGUGUCCUGUGGGCUGAUGGCUCAGGAGCACACACCUCUGUCUGUUUGGAUCUUCUUGUGGAUGCUGCCGAGGUCGCUGAGCUCCAGCGUGGCCUCUACGCAGACCUGCUGGCAGGAAUGAAGGACAUUCUACCUUGUGGAGUGCCACCUGCCAGCAAGCCCAGGCUGGAUGAUAGAGUAAGGUGGAGGAGGAAGCGAGAAUAGAGACACAUCACAGGUUGACAUCCUUUAAACCUUGCAUCACAUAGACCAACAAGUGAGUUGGCGGUGGCGGGGGGGGCGGGGCCGAUGGCCCUCUCAACACAGCUACCAUGAGGCAGUCUUUCCUAUUGUUUGGCCAACAGUUUGACCUCUUUGGUGACAUAAGCCUUGCGACUAAGCGCCUAACAUUUAAGGUCCACUCCCAUUGGAUGUGGGGAGCUGUGAGUAUGUGGAGAGGCGUAAGGGGUUUUAAAUCCAAAUUGUUCAAAUUGGAUUAGCUGAAGUGUGUAUUAUAACCAAACCAUCUGGCCCCUUUGUUUUGCUCAGGGGAGUAAAUGCUCAUUUGAAUGAGAUCAGAAAGGCCAUUUAGGGCCCAUAAAGAGACCUCAGUCUUUUGUCCAGCUGCCUGAGGGUCCUUUGAUUUUCAGGCCAGUGUCUCACUCUCUGUGUCCUGGGGGUGGGGGCGAGGGCAGAGGUGCAAGCUCAUUAGCCACAGACACGCGCGGUUUCCCCCAACACUAGUCACGCUUCCCAUCAGUAAAGACAUUUUUUUAGUUCGCUUCCUUAAUUGUAUAAUUCUUUAUUUGUAAAUUAUAUACAUGUACUACUGUACUAAAAUAUUAUGUACAUUAUAAAACAUACACAAAAAUAGAAAUUUAAAAAAAGAUGAGACGAAAAUAAAUCUAAAUCAAAGUUCUAA